AUGGGAGCGGUUGGGGCUCCCCCGCUGCGCAACGCCGAUGGCCGCCCCAUCCUGUGUGCUUUUGAAUUGAAGAAGAGAGAGCUGAAAUUGCCUCGCCUAGACCAAGCGCAACUGCGGGUGUCGUGGCCCGACCUGGCCUCAGCGUUCGGCGACACAACGGAGCUGUUUGUGCUUGACCAGAGUGGCACACCGCACUCGAUUAAGGCCCAUGUUAGCGUGAAGACCAGGGGAGAGGCCCGCCGGGAAUUCUACCUGAGCGGCGUCGGUGCAUUGCUGAAAGCGCUGGGCGCGCGGCCGGGCGACGUGCUGGCUCUGGUCGGGGCACACGGCGAGGAGCUCAGAGUGGAAUGCAACACAGCGGAGGCGCGGGCGGUGGCCGCCCACGACUUCAGCGACACAGGCAGCGGCAGCGGCGGCACCCAGCGCGGCAGCACGGCGGCGGCGCAAGCAGCCGUGGCACCAGCAGCGGCUGCGGAAAAGAAGGAAAAGGUUGCUGCAGAGACGGACGCAGCACAGGCCGUCGGCGCAGCAGCAGAGGGCGAGCAGGCACAGCAGCGGCGUGGCGCAGUGGUGGCCGCACCUCAGGGACCUGCAACCGCGGCUGGCAAGGUUGCAUCCCGCAAGCGUGGCAGGCAGCCGCUGGCUGAGCGGCAGCAGCACCCGGAGCCCCAGCAGCAGCAGGAGGACAAGCGCCAGCCUCCACGGCGCAAGGGCCAGCGGAAGCAGCAGCAGCAGCAGCAACAACAGGAGCUGCAGGAGCAGGCGGGGGAGCAGCAGCAGCAGGAACGCCGGCCUCAGCGGCAGCAGCGUAGGGGCAAGCGGCUGGUGCCGCAGCAGCAGGAGGAGCAGCAUUCAGGGGAGCAGGAGCAGGAGGCGCGGCCUGAGGAUGCCAGCGCGGCACACGUCGUGGCGGCGCCGGCGCCGCCUCCCGCGCAAGCCGCUGCCAGCCCUCAGCAGCUGCAGCAAGGGCCGCUGCAGGAGCCUCUGGAUGAGUCGCUUGGUUGGGAGGCAGUGGAGACCGACACAUCUGAUGAUGACUAUCAGUCGAUGCUGCGGGACAACAAGCGGCAGCGCCGCACGCGCACCGUUGCAGGGACCCGCCAGAUGCACUUAACCAAGGCGGCAGCUGCCAGGCAGGCGGAGGAGGAGGCAGCAGAGGCGGCGGCGGCGGCCGCUGUCGCAGCCAGCAAGCACGUGCGGCGAGCCGGCGGGGGCCGCGCCCCCGGCGGGUUUAGCGGCAGCGGCGGCAGGGGCGCGGGGUCCGCCCACCAGCCCAUGGCGCUGCUGCCUGGGGAGGAGCCGCUGGGGGUGGAGCUGUUCUUUGGCGAGGCCCGCCCGCUGCUGCCUGGAGGCAGGCUAGGCCCGCCGCACGCCCACGCAGGCGGCAGCAAGGGGCUGGAGGGCGCUGCACGCUACCGCGCCGGCGUGGAUCGGGCCCGCCAGCAGAUCAGGCAGCGCAUGGUGGGCCAGGGCACCAGCGAGGACGAGGUGGAAAGCACGCUGCGCCUGCUGCGCAAGUUUGAGGCCAAGUGCCUGAGGGGCGAGGAGGCCACCCCGGCGCAGUGCAAGCAGCUGUGCCGCGACUAUCUGCACUGCCUGCGGCGCCUGUACAACCUGCCCGGCCGCCAGCCGCUGGUUCUGGAUGCCCACGUGCUCAGCGCCAAGGCGCUGGUGGAUGAGGAGGGGCAGGACGCCCUGCAGCACAUGCGCACCAUGGAGCGCCGCUUCCUCAUCUGGACCCCCGCAGACCUGCCGCCGGCCGACACUGCCCUGGGUGGCAUGAGCAGCGGCGGCGGGGCCGGCGGCAGCAGGCCAGCCGCUGCUGCAGCUGCAGCUGCGGCAACUGAGGCGCCACCGCAGGCGGCAGCCGCUGGGAGCAGCAUUCCCGAGGCAGCGGGCCGAGGCAGGCGAGGCGGCACACGCGGCAACCCGAACACGGUCGCUCGCUACCUGAGCCCCAGGACCGCCGCCGGGGCUGGGGCGGGCAAGCAGCGAAGGGCAGCAGCGGCGGCGCCGGUGGUGGCGGGGGCGCCUGCACAGGGGGAGCGCCAGGUGGAGGCGGCGGCGGCAGCUGCCCGCAUCGAGCCGGCGCUGCCUCUGGAGGCGGAGCAGGAGGGCGAGGAUGGCGAUGCGACGGCAGCGCCAGCUGGCGGCGCCUGGGACCAAGGCCUGUCUGGCAUCUGGGCAGAGUUCACCCGCAAGCUCAAGGGCAAGCGGUACGGCGACAUCACCCUGCACACCACCAGCCUCCCCGUCAGCUGCGCCCUCAACGACACAGAGUGGCAGGACGGCCAGCUGAAGCGGUGCAGCGUGAAGCAGCAUGUCAAUGUGCUGAAGCAGAUCGAGAGCUGCCAGCAGGGCAAGCGGCAGGGGCGGCUGUAUGUGACCGACGGCUCCAUGCCUGACUACCUUGAGCAGCAGCACUACCCUGUGGAUGCGCCAGGCAUGCCGUGCGGCGUGGACAGUCGCGCCAAUGCCAUGCUGCCGCACGCAGUGCGCUCCAGCCGCGCCACCAACCUUUUCCACACCCUCAAGAGCGAGAGCACAGGAACCAAGACCUUCACGCUGUUUGGGCCCGCCGGCGGCGGCACCAACCUCACCGCCUUCCAUUUCGAGACCAAGCGCCGCCGCUCAUACAACUGCGGCACGGGGGACUUCAUCAUCCAGCCGCCUGCCACCCUGGCAGACAUGCGCAAGAUGAUGCGGGUGCAUGCGGCGGUGGCGGGGCGCCACACGCGCCACGGCCAGCUGCUGCCGCUUGAGUGCUACCUGGAGGAGGGGGUGCCGCUGGUGCUGCACCUGCGCGACUACCCCUUUGCCACGCUGUGCGAGCUGUGCGAGCAGUCCAUGCACGCGUUCGUCUCAUUCAACACAGUCGCCUCCACCCCCCCCUCACUCAAGGUGUCCUGCAACGACUUCGACCUGGUGUGGGAGCUGGACAGCUGCUACUGGAUGGAGAAGGUGGCGGCGCUCUACUCGGAGCUGGGCCUGUUCCCUGAGGAGGCUCUGCCGCCAGAUGGCGCAGACACCUGGGUGAUGAGCUCCUACCUGCUGCGCAGGCCGCACACCCUGGCGGAGAAGCGGGCGGGCUGGGAGCGGCCCUGGCUGUGCGAGGCCGAGGGUGCGCAGGGUGUUGGCCAGGGGGCCGGCGCGGGUGAGCUGGAGGACAGCGAGAUGCACUGGAGCACCGACAUCAUCGCGGCGCGGUGUGUGGAGAAGUUGCUGGAUGUGCUGGCAGGCGAGCUCCGGCAGCUGGCCAGCUGGGCGGGCGAGGUGCCGGAUGCGGGGCUGGCGCUGCUGGCGCUGCGGCGCGCACGCCCUGUGCUGCUCGACAUGCAUCGGCGGGCGGCGUCAGAGGCGGACGGCAGCAGGCGCAGGCGCGGCCUCCAGUUCGAGCCCCGCUGGCCGGUGGAGUGCCACUUCAGCCGGGAGUAUAUGGAGGAUCUGCUGGGGCAGGUGGACAGCGCCCUGGCCAGGUUCCCGCCAGCGCAGCCCGCCGAGCCGGCCGGCCAGCCGCGGGCGGCGGCGCCGGCAGCGGGGCAGACGCCAGGGGCCAAUCGGCGGCGCCGCGCGCCGCCGGCGGCUGUGGCAGCAGCAGAGGCGCGGCAGGGCGUCGGUGCUGGCAGCGGCAGCAGCGGGGUGGAGGCUUGCCUUCUGACCGGCGAGGCGCACGCUGCGUAUGCCGCCGGCAGCCAGGAGCAGCGGCAGCUGCUUGUGCAGCAGGCAGACGCGAUGCUGGCAGCCGCAUCUGCGGGCGGCCCCGCGUCUAGUGUCGUGCCCGCGCUGGCUGGGCAGGAGGCACACGUGGUGCGCUCGCACUGGCUGCUGCGGGUGCAGCUGGAGUGGGAGGCAGCGGCAGCGCAACCGCUGGAUCUGGCCCUACUGGCCACGCGCCGCCAGCAGCGCAGCGAGGCGGAAGCUCUGCUGGAUGGCUGCUGCCGGCAGCUGGAGCAGCGCCACCGCGCUGACUGGGGCGUGCAGGGCUGA